GACCGUGGCCCCACAGCCAGGAGUAUGGGAGACCACAGGCUGCCAGGGAACCAGGCCCGGCGGACACUAAAGCCAACAUCUCAGGACAUGACCAGCAAGUCUGUGUGGAAGGACUCUUCCAAGUGUUUCUUAAAGCAGAAGAAAGAGCAGCUAAGGUUGCCCACCUCCGUGGAGGGCCAGCAGCGACUCUACAUUAAGGAUCGGCCAGAUGACUUCAGGAAAGUUGGAACACCAAGUGAAGGACUGACUACACGCAGUAUGGAGGGUACCUUUUUCCCUACCAUUUCUCGCGGAAUGUGCAGUCCCAUCGCCAACAAGAACCAAAGAAAGCUGUCUGAGGACUCAGGACUGUAUCAUCCACUUUUGCCAGUCCAACAAACACGUAGAACCUUCUGGGAUGACAUAGGUAUGCGCCAGAAUCACCAUCUGCUAGCUCCCUGGCCUCGAGGAGAAGAGAAUUCUGCAGAUAUAUUAAUCAAAAUUCUGGAAACACCAAAACCUAACCGGAUGCUGGAGAACAAGUGGCUGUAUUGGGAAGAUCACAGGGAAGCAACCAAGCAGCCCACCAACACUGGCAAACAGUCUCAAGGAAAAUUAGAUCUGGAACCACACAAGCUUCCCUGGUCAUGUGAAGGCAAAUGGCUCCAUGAUCGCAAACACAGGAAACAGGACAUGCUUAGCUCUAUUUAUUAUAAAUAUAUAUACAAAGGAGGGGAUGACAUCUGUGAAUGGGCUGAGCCUUGUCGAGAUUCCAUGCAACAAAUUGACACCGGAAAUGAAAACCAACCAAGCUAUGAAGAAUCACCUGCCAAGAAAACUGAUCUGCCUACAUUUGAUCUCAGGUAUGGCAGGAAAGCGAGCAAAGUGAAGGACAGCAGACUCUCCAAACAGGCCUCCCACUUCGAUAUAAAACUCCAAAAACCACAAGAUCCUCAUAAAGCCAGCAAGGAGAUUAGAUAUGAAUCGCCAUACCUGAAAAACAACCAUUGGAAAAUAUUAGGAAAUGAAGAGCCUGUAGCAGAUCCCAAUGAGCUUGAACUUCAAGAUGAAAACAUUGGUAGUCCAGAAAUCAUUGAGGAAGCUUAUGAACCAACUGACUGGAAAUACUUCAUUAGCAAGGAUGACAAUUCUACACUAAGCACUCUUGAGCAGAUGUUUAUGAAGAAAGGAUGGGGUUAUGAAAGUUCUCCUGCGUCAAAAAUGUUUAAAGAUUAUUAUUGGAUCAUGGAUACAGAUUGUGAUGAUGAUGAUGAUGAUGAAAGUAAAGAAGAAGAGGAAAAAGUGAAGGAACAGAAGAAAGAAAAUAACUAG